AUGGGUGUCAGUAUAGGUACCCGCUAUAGGUACGGCUAUAGGUACCGCUAUGGGUACGUCCGUAGAUCCCGCUAUAGGUCCCGGCCCAGGGCCGAGCCCCCGCCCCCCUCGCCGCGCGCCCUACCCGGCCCAGCCAAUCGCGAUGCGCCGUGGCGGUCAGAGCCGCAGCUGCCAUGGAGACAGCCGGGGGGCGGGGCGGCGUGGCGGGGGAAGAGACCACGCCCACACUGCGCCUCCAGCCCCGCCUACGGCGGGAGGGAACAGGAGAUCGAGGAAGAUCGGAAGAAAGCGGAGCAGGAGGGAAUCGCAGUGACGGCUUUGCGCCGCGUGAGGCCAGCUGAUGCCGAGCCAGAGAGGAGAUGGGUGGACAAGGAUCUCUCCGUCACUGUCCAGGUUAUGCUCUCCCCCGGGGAGAAGCGCGUGGUGAAGGACAAGAAGCUGUUGGGCACCCCGAAACCUGGCCGUGGCGCCACUCCCCGCAGCUCAGGGCGUGCCGGCUUGCGUCCUUCUGGCCGUUCCCUCCGGGGGGACCCCCCCGCUGAGCCAUUUUGGGAGGGUGCCGGGGGGAAUGGCGUGACCCUGCCGGAGCGCGGCAGACGGGGCCGGCGCUUGCGGGGCCGGGGGAUGGCCGGCGCAGUGAUGGGGGGUGAUGCCGGUCCUGACCGAAAGUCCAAGGAGUGGGAAGAGCGACGGCGUCAGAACAUUGAGAAGAUGAACGAGGAGAUGGAGAAGAUCGCGGAGUAUGAGAGGAACCAGCGGGACGGGCUUCACGAGAAGAAUCCUGUACGUAACUUCUUGGACGACCCCCGCCGCAGUGGCCCCUUCCAGGACACUGAUCGUAAGGAGGGGAGCCGGCGACAUGUCCGAAAUUGGGGGGGAGCUGAUUUCGACAAGGUCAAGGCAGGAAUGGAGCGUGAGAAGACCUGGCAGGGUCCCGGCCGCCGUUCCAGCCCAAAAACUGGGGGGCCACUGGACAUGACGCUCUCCAUGACGGGUCGGGAGCGAGCUGAAUACGUCCGCUGGAAGAAAGAACGGGAACAAAUCGAUCAGGAACGCCUGGCGCGGCACCGCAAACCCACUGGGCAGUGGCGGCGGGAAUGGGAUGCCGAGAAAUCAGACAGCAUGUUCAAGGAGGGCUCUGCAGCAGUGCCUGGCUCAGAAAUAAGCGGUGGGGAGGAAAACAAGCACCCUCCUCCCAAACCUCUCACUUUUGGGGAAUUCCUCACCCCGCAUUGCACCCAGCGGAGGAGAAAGGGCCGCGGACGUGGCCAGGGCACCGGGACCAAGCCCUACAGCAUGCAUGAUAACCGGUGGGAGGAGAAGGAGCUGCCGGUACCAGCCGAGGAAGCUGAGAGCCGGAAGGCGGAAGAAGCGCCGAGUGGGGCCCUCCCGGAGCCUCCCUGCCCCCUGAGCCCUGAGGAAGAUGAGGACCAGUGGGAGGACGUCAGUGAGGAGGAGGAAGAAGAAGAAGAGGAGGAGGAGGAGGAAGAAGGUGGCAGCACCAGCCCAGGAUCAUCGAGCGAGGACGAAGCACCCCGCAGUGCGUCCCCCAAAGCCCAGCGUCCCCCCAGAGCUGGCCAGGCUGUGGCUCCCAAACUGCGCGUGCCCCCCACCACUGUGGCACCCGUCCCAGAUGGGGGGGCUGGCACCCCCCUGAGCCCCUUCUCCCCCAUGGAAGGCCACCAGCCCGUCUCAGACUGGGGCGAGGAGAUGGAUCUGGCCUCUCCCCGCAGCAGUCUGGGGGACAGUCCCCUUUCAGGUCCCACUGCCCCCAAGUCGAGAGGGGAUUCCGGAGAGAUUCCAGGACUGAGCCCCGUGGAGCUGGCUGGGCCCCCCCAGGGGGUGCAGAGCCCUGCAGAGCCCCCCCAAGGGGAAGAAAUGAGGCCGAACAUGGAGCAAGAGGCUUCAGGGAAGCACGAGGAGGCGUCAGGGAGCCCGGCGGAGGAUAGAACGCAAGGAGACAUGGUGUUUCCCCGCCAGCCGGAUGUUGAGGUGGCCCCCGGCACGGUGGAGAUCACGGACUUUGAGCGGGUUGGGAGCUGGUGGAGGAUGGACUUCUCAAUGUUCAAUUAUACCUUCAAUUACUCCAACGGGGACUAUUCCAUGUAUGAUUUCGAUGGCUAUGAAGUCCCUCACAGCUACCGCGCCAUCCUCGUCCUCUACGCCCUCAUCUUCCUCCUGGGUGUCUUGGGCAACGGAGCUGUCAUCUGGGUGACCGGCUUUGAGCUGCGGCGCACGGUGAAUGGUGUCUGGUUCCUCAACCUUUCUGUGGCCGACCUCCUCUGCUGCCUGGCUCUGCCCUUCCUGGCCCUGCCGCUGGCCCGUGACCACCAUUGGCCAUUGGGUCACUUCGCCUGCAAGCUGCUGCCCUCCCUCACCAUCCUCAACAUGUUCGCCAGUGUCCUCCUCCUGAUGGCCAUCAGUGCCGACCGUUGUGCCCUGGUGACACAGCCGGUAUGGUGCCAAAACCACCGGACACUGGGGCUGGUCCGGGGCACUUGCGCAGCCGCCUGGUUCCUGGCAGGGCUCCUCACCCUUCCCUCCUUCAUCUUCCGCACCACCCGUUUGGACGACUUCUCCGACAAGACCACCUGCGUCCUGGACUAUGCGGCCGUGGGGCAUCACCAGCAAGUCACCGAGCUCGUUACGGCUGUCACCCGCUUCAUUUGCGGCUUCCUGGUGCCCUUUGUGGUGAUUACGGCUUGCUAUACCUUGCUGCUGGCCCGUGUCCACAGCAAGGGCUUUGCUCGCUCCCAGAAAGCCAUCAAGCUCAUCUUGGUGGUCAUCAUCAGCUUCUUUGUGUGCUGGCUGCCCUACCAUGUUGUGGGCUUGAUCCUGGCCUCCACCCCUCCUCACAGCGACUUGUUCAAGGGUGCCCUGACAGCUGACCCCAUCGUGACCGGCAUUGCCUACAUCAACAGCUGCAUCAACCCCAUCAUCUACGUCGUCAUGGGCCAGGACUUCAAGGACAAGUUCCAGCGUUCCUGGAGAGCUGUGCUGCGGGGUGUGCUGAGUGAUGACCCCACCAGCACCAUGGGGGACAGCAGGAUGAAGACCAAGUCCACCAUGGAUGACCACAGCGUCAGCACCAAUGUCUGACCAGGAAUGAGGUAGCUCUAGGGCUGGAAC